GUUAAAAGCAAUUAUUUUUAUAUCAUUUCAUCUUAUUUUAGGACUGGAAAAAUAUGCACUUUGUGUGUUUUGCUAAAGCAAAAGUUGAAGAUGUAUUAACAACAUUGUUAUCAUGUUUGGGUUAAAGUUUAAAGUUAAGUUGAAUUUUAAGACAUUCUUCUAUUAUUCAGACGAUUCCUUGGCAAAGUGUUUGAAGAUAUCAUCAAUCAGACAAUCAUCCAGAACUUUCCUUUCGAGUUUCUAUCAAGUUUUACCGAAUGGAUAAUUUGUUUUAAAAGUAGUCAAUGAAAAAGUUGCUGUCAAUUCUUAAUCAAGAGUUUAAUUGUUUUUAUAUUUAAUGUCCAUUUAGAAUAAGUAAGACAGAUAGCACUAACAAUUAGUUAAUAAUAAAUCAUUUAAAUACUCUAAAGCUUUUAGUUUUUAC